CACAUAUCACUCUCUGGAUUUGGGUCCAAAGAAUCAAACCGAUGUUCUGGAGUGCUGUCGACAGAGUAAUGAUGCUUUAGAUGAAGAUAAGUACUUUGUGUUUCUAACUUUCUACAGAGAAUCUUCCAGCGUGAGAGAUUCUUGAUGUCUGUGGGUUUUGGAAAAAGAAAACGCACAGAAUGAAUGAAUGUAUCAAAUCAUGAAUGAGAUUCCGUUUUUCAUGGCCUAAAUCAAUCUAUCUCACUUUCUCAACCUUGUCUUUAAUUUUUAUUUUGACAACUAAUUAUUGUAUUCUUUAUGGACUGAAUAUUUCUUUAUUAUUUUUGUCCAAUAGAAUAAUGAUCUGUAAGAAUCUCUUUUAUUGGGAUUAGCGUUUCAAAGUUCAAAAACUCAGAACUGCUCAUUCUGUUUUCCUAUUAUCAAACUUCAAAUCUCCUCCUUCUUCUCUCUGCUUCAUCGUCACAAGUAAUCAUGGACACACUCGUUUCUCAGUUGCAGAGACAAUUUCGUGACUACACCAUCUCUCUCUAUCACCAGGGUUUUCUGGAUGAUCAGUUCACUGAGCUGAAAAAGCUGCAAGAUGAAUGUAGCCCUGAUUUUGUGGCAGAGGUUGUUUCUCUCUUCUUUGAAGACUGUGAGAAGCUUAUCGGUAACAUGGCUAGAGCUCUAGAUCAGACAGGAAACGUAGAUUUCAGUCUGGUAGGUUCUAGUGUUCAUCAACUCAAAGGUAGUAGCUCAAGUGUUGGUGCCAAGAGGGUCAAAGGUCUUUGUGUUACCUUCAAGGAGUGUUGUGACUCUCAGAACUUUGAAGGGUGUGUGAGAUGUUUGCAGCAGGUGGAUAUUGAGUACAAGUCAUUGAAGGCAAAGCUUCAAGAUUUGUUCAGUCUUGAGCAGCAGAUUGUCCAAGCUGGUGGUAGAAUCCCUCAGGUUGAUAUAUAAGAUACUUGCCGACGACAGAACAUGAAUUUGAUCAAUCAGAGUGAUGAUGAUUUGCAUUCUCAGGAUGUUAUUGUUUAGUUAAAACUUAAAAGUUAAAACACUUACAGAAGUGUGGAAAAGACUGAGUGAUUGUUGUUGUUAGAUCAGUACUAUGUAACUUUAUCAAUCGCUUUGGUUUGAUGACCCUUGUUCCUAAUACAUAAUCUGAAUCGUUUGCUACGA